AUGCUAUUGACGGAUCUCCAAUCAUACCAUCCGGCAAGGGCCUGGCAUGUCGUUGCUGUUCGUUGCUCAAACCGAUUCCACACAGCCUGUGCCCCCAAAAAAGCAAAAAAGGACGCUAAGCCCUGGCUCACUAAAGGUCCACGCCGAACCGAAGCGUCUCAGGUCUCGGGAGCAAGGGCCAGCUUAUGGUCAAGCGUCUCUCACUUCAAAAGCAAGAAAGCCCGAAAUGUAAAUACAACACGCGAUGUCACGCUGCGCCAAAAGUGA